CCUCUGUAGCAGAUGCUAGCCGCGUGGGUCUGGACACGUAUCCUGUACGUUCAAUAGUCUGCCAUUGCCAGUUACUAAAAGUGUGUGUGUGUGUAAUGUGUGAUUUCUGAACAGGAUUUUAGACUACUUUUUGAUAAUAAUUAUAUACAACAUCGUCGGAAGGAAGGAAGGCGAUUAUUUUCCUUUCAAAGACUAGAUCUAAUCGCAUAAUCUAACAUAAUGGCGACUUUUCCCGGAGUUUCGACCAAGCUCCAUUGGUUUCUUCUCGCGCUUGUGGUGUCGUAUACAACUCUCGUGUGUCAAGCCAAGUAUUUGAAAGACGACCGGUUCAUGUCUGAUGUCAAUUUGGAGCAUUACUACGUCAUCGAAGAAAAUGUCCUGAGCCAUGCAGACAUACUGCUCAGAGAUGAUUACUUUGGAGCAGAUGAGGAGGAAGACGAAGAGGAGCACAUUGCGCAUGCUCCGAACCUGACGGAAUUCCGAAGGUUCUCCGUGAGCAAGAGGACAUGCAGACAGCCCUGGCGUGGCUGGAACAGGUCAACAGCUGGAUGGUCAAGUCGGGGACUACUGGGGGCGAGGAGCUGGGCUUUAACCGGACACACAUUCUCCUCAUGAUGGCUUCUGCUCACUACCUGGCGUCCCGCAAGAAGUGCACCCUCACCCGUGUGGGCCUGACGUUCCUCAAGACGGAAGUGAUCCGCCGGAAGCCCAGAGUCGUCCUCUUCCACGACGUCGUCAGCAACAUCUCAACGGACGUGCUGAAAAACUACGCCCAUAAAACUCAAACUGACAAAGCUUGGGUCGGUGACGAAAGAUAUGUCGCGCCAGAUUUCAGGGUGAGUCUGCACCCUCUCAGGAUCCGCGGCAGUGCCGUCAAGCGGAAGACAGAGACUCUGCGGCGACAACUCCAGUUCUUAGCCGGGGUUCUCAACGUCACUUCUGAUCGAUGGGGGACGACUCAGGUUGUAAACGUUGGACUGGAUGGGAUGCACUUCUCCAAACACGACAAGGACCUUGGCGUGAACGCCUCGUUCAUUUGCUCCGUUGUCCAGCAAGAUACCAAUUAA